AGGGGGCUCUCCCGACCGUAUCCUACUUCCUAAAUCAGUGAGGGUCCCCGCCUGUUCCUCCCUGUCCAGAGAGCUGGGAGAGGAGUUCCUGAAUGGGGAGGACGCGGGAAUCCUCCACUGUGGGGACUCCCAAGCUGAGAGGGGGCCCGGGACACCAGCCCCUGACCCCCUCCCCCUUAGGAGUUCACCCCGGAUGUCUGGGGGAGGGGGCCCAGGAAGGGGAAGUGGCCGCUUCUGCUUCUGAUAUCUGUGAUGGGGGCAGGGUGUCACGACUGCUGAUGGAGAGGGCAACGCGGCAGGACCCCCACCCGGCCACUCCAUUGCCCAGGGAGGGGAACAUGCUGAUCUGCGCCCCCUAGAAGGGGUGCCUGCAGCAGAAACGUGGCGAGGGUUACCCCCGGCUCCUGAGAGCAGGAAGAGGUACAGUGACAUCUUCCGGAGCCUGGACAACCUCGAAAUCUCACUGGGGAACGUGACGCUUGAGAUGCUGGCUGGAGACACUGUGAUUUCAGGAGACCCGGAACCUGACAAGAACCCCACAGCCACUUUGGCCAGUGAGACCAGCCGUUGGAGUGGCCCCUCCCCAGAGGAUCCUGCACCCCUUACAGGGGAGGAGCUGGACUUGCGGCUCAUCCGAACCAAGGGGGGCGUGGAUGCAGCUCUGGAGUACGCCAAGACCUGGAGCCGCUACGUCAAGGAGCUGCUGGCCUGGACCGAGAAGAGAGCCAGUUAUGAGCUGGAGUUUGCCAAAAACGUCAUGAAGAUUGCCGAUGCUGGCAAGGUGUCAAUCCAGCAGCAGAGCCACAUGUCACUGCAGUAUAUCUACCUCCUGUUUCUGGAGCACGACCUCAGCCUGGGAAGCCUGGCCAUGGAGACACUAGCCCAGCAGAAAAGAGAUUACUACCAGCCCUUGGCUGCCAAACGGACUGAGAUUGAGAAGUGGCGGAAGGAGUUCAAGGAGCAGUGGAUGAAAGAGCAGAAGCGGAUGAACGAGGCUGUGCAGGCGCUGCGGCGGGCCCAGCUCCAGUACAUGCAGCGCAGCGAGGAACUGCGGGUGCGCUCCCAGGUGUCGCCCGAAGAUCUGGCUCUCCAGGCCUCACCGGGCCCCAACAAACAGCAGGAGCGGCGGCGACGCUCUCGAGAAGAGGCCCAGGCCAAGGCGCAGGAGGCCGAAGCGCUGUACCAGGCCUGCGUCAGAGAGGCCAACGCGCGGCAACAGGAACUGGAGGCCGCCAAGCAGCGGAUCGUGUCCCACGUGCGCAAACUGGUGCUGCAGGGGGACGAAGUGCUGCGGCGGGUGACCUUGGGAUUGUUCGGGCUUCGAGGCGCUCAGGCAGAGCGUGGCCCCCGCGCCUUCGCCGCCCUGGCUGAGUGCUGUAAGCCCUUCGAGCCUGGCCAGCGAUACCAAGAGUUCGUGAGGGCGCUAGGGCCCGACCCCCCACCACCCCCGCCAGCCGCCUAUUCUUUCCAGGAGUUCAGGUACAGUUCCCCUCUGGACACAAGAAAGAAGCUCUCUGGAGCACCCCCUCCACAGCUGGACGAGAGUGCAGCUGAGCCAGGCCCUUGGGAGGACACAGGCACAGGCUGGCAGGGAGCUCUGGGCCCCACUGUGGGCAGUGAUGUGGACAGCAUGGGCGGUGGCAGCGAGUCUCGCUCCCAGGACUCUCCCACUUCCAGUCCAGGCUCUGGCACGAGGCGGCUGGUAAAAGUGUCAUCCAUAGGCACUGAGUCUUCAGAUGACUUUGAGGAGCGAGACCCUGACCUGGGAGAUGGGCUGGAGAACGGGCCAGGGACCCCCUUCAAGAAGUGGAUACUAUCCAACGCGGCCCAGACCCACCGGUUGCGGCGGCUGCGGGGCCCAGCCAAGUGCCGAGAGUGUGAGGCUUUCAUGGUCAGCGGGACAGAGUGCGAGGAGUGCUUUUUGACCUGCCACAAGCGCUGCCUCGAGACUCUGCUGAUCCUCUGUGGACAUAAGCGGCUACCGGCCCGGACUCCCCUCUUUGGGGUCAACUUCCUGCAGCUGCCCAGGGACUUCCCAGAGGAGGUGCCUUUUGUGAUCACCAGGUGCACAGCCGAGAUAGAACAGCGUGCGCUGAAUGUGCAGGGCAUUUAUCGGGUCAGCGGGUCCAGGGUCCGCGUGGAACGGCUGUGCCAGGCUUUUGAGAAUGGCCGAGCAUUGGUUGACCUGUCAGGGAACUCACCUCAUGAUGUCUCGAGCGUUCUCAAGCGAUUCCUCCAGGAGCUCACUGACCCCGUGGUCCCCUUCCACCUCUACGAUGCCUUCAUCUCUCUGGCUAAGACCCUGCAUGCAGACCCUGUGCACGACCCUGGGACCCCCAGCCCCAGCCCUGAGGUUAUCCGCUCGCUGAAGACCCUCUUGGUGCAGCUGCCCGACUCUAACUACAACACCCUGCGGCACCUGGUGGCCCAUCUGUUCAGGGUGGCUGCACAGUAUGAGGACAACAAGAUGUCUGCCAACAACCUGGGCAUUGUAUUUGGGCCGACGCUGUUGCGGCUGCCCGACGGUCCAGGGCCAGCCGGUGCCGGACCUAUCACCUGCCUGCUGGAUUCCGCACACCAGGCUCAGCUCAUCGAGUUCCUCAUUGUGCACUAUGAGCAGAUCUUCGGGGCUGACGAGCUCCUCCUGGCCACUGAGCCCCUGCCCCGAGACCCCAGCCCACCCCCUGCGACCCUCCCAGCCAACCUCCAACCACCACACUUACAACUUGUCCUGGACCCCCUGCCCUUAUCCCUCGCCUCAGACCAGGACCCAGACGCCAUGCUCCUUAGUGCGCUGGAGAAGCAUCCCGAGGCCACGCUCCCAGAGAUUUCAACUCUGCAGAGUGAGCAGGAAGAGGAAAUAACCGAAGACAUCAAAAUUGAGGGAGGGGAAGUGUCCAACCAAGGGCCUGAGGACUCACCCCUGGGGACACAGCCCCGUGGCCACUUCAGCCGCCAGCCAGUGAAGUAUUCCCGGGGAGGUGUGCGGCCUGUCACCCACCAGCUGUCUGGCUUGGCCCUGGUGGCUUCCAAACUGUCCGAGGAGACCCCCAUCACAUCAGUGCCCCAAGGGAGCCUGCGGAGGCGAGGACCCAGCCCUGCCGCCAGCACCCGUGAAGACAGCCCUCUGCGCCGCACCCCGCUGCCCAAGCAUUUUGAGAUCACCCAGGAGACAGCCAGGCUACUCUCCAAGCUGCACAGUGAGUCUGUGCCCCAGGCCACCUGCUGCCCAGACCCCCAAACUGAGGAGGCCGAGGACCACUUCUGACUAUUCCAGCGCUCUGAUCAAGAAGGCCAGGACUGAGAAGAUGGGCCCAGCUUCCCAGGAGUUAAAUGGGGUGUCUGGAGAGUUCCUAUGAGGAAAGACUACAUGGCCUAGCAGAGAACUAAAACCCUUUUGGCGGUACCAGGAUACCCUCUACAAAACAUAGGUCAAUGUCAAGCAUCAGGGCCACUCAGGUUCAGAGGUUACUCAGGGUCAAUAUAGGUCAUGGGAUCCUUGAGACAGGGGUGCUUUUUGCUACUUUGGUUGUGGCCACUCCCCCAUCUCUGUCUGCCUCCUUAGCUGAUCCCAAGUGACCAGAUCUUGGAGGGUGUGGCAACCCAGACUCAGCAUCCUGGUGGUGCCUGGGGUCUGGUGGCCUCUGAAUAAACUGUGUCUUUUAUA